UUUCCUCUUGCCUCCUCGAACCUCUUGCCUCUGCGUCUGCCCUGCAGAAGCAGCUGGAGCAUGUUGGGAGUAUCCAAAAGGCCUGUAAAGCGACUCCUAUUUGCGCUUCCGAAACCUGUGCUCCCCAGUAUCACGAACCAAAGUCCACCUGAACCCUACUCUUAUGACACGCUUAGACUCUCCAACCUUCCGACCAAUGUGGCAACUGCGGACAUUGAGCGAGUCAUUCCUGAUCAUUUGCGGAAGGAAAUAAAGUUCACUCCUUUCAGCCCAUAUGCGUCUGUCACUUUUGUCAACAGGACCUACGCCGCUGCCUUCGCUCGGAAAGCAAACCGCGCUGAACCAGUGUUUAUCAACGGCCAACGAAUCAGGGUGUCUCGACAGCCGCAGACUAUUCCGAGCAGGACUCUUUAUAUUGAAGAACUAGGGCCGGAGAUGUCGCGUCGUCUUAUAGCUGACUUCUCUGUGUUUGGGGAGAUCAUUAAACUGGUGGUCAACAAGGACAGAGCACACGCCCAUGUCACCUUCCGACGCAUUGCUGAAGCAACCGCAGCAUUAGAGGCCCUUCGCAAGCGACCAGAAUACGCUGAUCAUCGUCUGCAAUAUACAGACCUUUUCUCGUUUCGCCACCGCUCCGCUUCUGAGCGUCAAAUCUUCGUCAAGGGCCCGCAAGAUGCACUACUACUCCAAGAAACCUUCCUCCAGUUCGGAGAGAUUGAAUCUAUCAAUCCCCUGCCGAAUGGAGUGUUUGGUUUUGUCAGGUUUACAACGUUGGAAGCCGCAUUGAAAGCUUCAGCUAGCCAGUCCCGGGUGUACAAGCUCACGGGCCUCUCUAUUGGUCCCAUUCUGACCGCCCACGGACCGCUCUUGUCCAACGUCUUGGUACUGGGGAACAUCACACCGACCACCUACAAGCACCUCAUUGCUGAUUUCACACUGUUGCACGGAAUGGAGAGUCAUGAACGGAAAGGUCCCAACGUGUGGCUGCGAUUUGACGACGUCAUUGGCGCGCAUACCUCUAUGCAUGUUCUAAAGUGCAGGAAGCAAUAUCGGGAAGUGUCAAUUCAACACCUCUUUCUCUCUGAGAUGAAAAACAACACUAUCUUAUAG